UCCAAUCUGCCCAUCAACGUCUCAGAUCCUCUCUCCCCACCCGAGAACCGUCAGCAUCCCCCAAUUCCGAGCGCCGUCCCCAACCCCAGCCGACGGCACACCAGCUAUGGAGGCCGCCACCGCCGCGACGGCGGCGAUGGUGUGGUUCCGGAAGGGGCUGCGCGUCCACGACAACCCGGCGCUGGACGCGGCCCGCCGCGGCGCGGGGCGGCUCUACCCGGUGUUCGUGCUCGACCCGCGCUACCUGCGCCCGGACCCCGCCGCGGCGUCCCUGGGCUCAGCGCGCGCAGGGGUCGCUCGCGUCCGCUUCCUCCUCCAGAGCCUCAGCGAUCUCGAUGCCCGCCUCCGCCGACUCGGGUCCCGACUCCUCCUCGUCCGAGCCCGCGACGACGUCGGCGACGCCGUCUGUGCGGCCCUCAAAGACUGGAACAUCGGCAAGCUGUGCUUCGAGUCCGACACCGAGCCGUACGCGCUGUCCCGCGACAAGAAAGUCACGGAUUUCGCGAUGGCGUCGGGGAUCGAGGUGUUCACGCCGGUCAGCCACACCCUCUUCGACCCAGCAGAAAUCAUAAAGAAGAACGGUGGCCGGCCACCGUUGACCUACCAGUCGUUCAUCUCCAUUGCUGGGGAACCGCCUGAGCCUGUCAUGGAGGAGUACUCCGAGCUCCCUCCGGUUGGAGACACAGGGGAGUACGAGUUGUUGCCUGUGCCCACAGUGGAGGAGCUUGGGUAUGGGGAUAUCAGCCAGGAGGAGAUUCCACCAUUCCGAGGCGGUGAGACAGAAGCUCUGAGGAGAAUGAAAGAAUCACUUAAAAAUAAGGAAUGGGUUGCCAAAUUUGAGAAACCUAAGGGUGACCCCUCUGCCUUCCUGAAACCUGCAACAACUGUCUUGUCACCGUAUCUGAAGUUCGGCUGCCUGUCGUCCAGAUAUUUUUACCACUGCAUUCAGAAUGUCUACAGGAGUGUCAGAAAUCAUACAAAGCCACCUGUUUCAUUGGCCGGCCAGUUGCUGUGGCGGGACUUCUUCUAUACAGUGUCUUUUGGAACUCCUAAUUUUGAUCAGAUGAAAGGAAAUAAUAUAUGCAAGCAGAUUCCAUGGAUCGGGAAUGAGGAGCUUUUUGUUGCAUGGAGAGAUGGCCGGACAGGAUAUCCAUGGAUUGAUGCUAUCAUGAUUCAGCUGAGGAAGUGUGGAUGGAUGCAUCACCUUGCUCGGCAUUCAGUUGCUUGUUUCUUGACGCGCGGUGAUCUGUUUAUCCAUUGGGAGAAAGGCCGUGAUGUAUUUGAAAGGCUCCUGAUAGAUUCUGACUGGGCCAUUAACAACGGGAAUUGGCUGUGGCUCUCUUGCUCAUCUUUCUUCUAUCAGUACCACAGAAUUUACUCCCCUAUCACAUUCGGGAAGAAGUAUGAUCCUGACGGGAACUACAUUAGGCAUUUCAUCCCAAUGCUGAAAGACAUGCCAAAGGAGUACAUUUACGAGCCGUGGACUGCUCCACUUAGCAUCCAAAAUAAAGCCAAGUGUAUUAUUGGCAAAGACUAUCCAAAACCAGUGGUUCAUCAUGAGACUGCUAGCAAAGAGUGUAGAAAGAGGAUGGGAGAAGCUUAUGCAUCAAGUCGCCUUGAUGGCAACCCUAUCGAAGGGAAGCCCUCAAACGUGUCGCGAAGAAAAAUGUCCCAUGGUGACCAAGAUGCCUCUAGCCCAUCCAUUGCUAAGCUACUGAAGAGGAGUAGCUGAGCUGCGUGAUGUGCAGCUCCCCUUCUGUGGCAACUUUGCACUAAUUGUUUCACCUUCAGCAUUUAAAAAUUUCAGUUGUGACAACGACGACGGUCUGCACUGUAGCUAGUAUGAUAUUCUACUGGAAUGGUUUAACCAAAUGGAAAUGAAUUGUGAUCCUUUCUGAAUUGUAGUGUCUGAAUCAACAACGAAAGACCAAACCUAUAACUCAAGGUCAUGUAACUGCUGUAAACCUGUAAUAACUGCUUGUCAAGGCCUUAUUUGGAACAUGGGAACUAUUCUUUUCUUGGAGCAAAUGAACUGCUCCAUGUGCAA